AUGGAAGAGAUCAUGGUCAUCAUGGCGGCAAUCAUGAGCAUGGAAAUGGUGGAGGCGGCGGGAACAGAGAAGAUCGACUGUGGUAUACCCAUUCAAGCAGGAGUAUGGAGGAUUACUUGGAAUGCUAGGAAUGACAAAUGCGGGAAACUAUGGUAACUAUGGGUAUAGUUACUGCCAGUACUAUCCAUAUGCAGCGAAUUGUCAGCAAGUUAACUAUGGAAACAAUUACUAUGGGAGUAACAACGGGUAUUAUGGAAGUUAUUACAAUGGCUAGAAAACUUAAUUUUAAAAAAAUUUGAGCUCUAGGAAGUUUACUGUAGACAAAUUUCGCCCUUGAAAUUUUUUAUGAGUCUAGAAACAAUAGAUGCUUUUGUGAAAAUAAGAGAAAAUGCUUUUGUGAAUAAUCAUGGAAAAAUAUAGAUGUAAUGGACCCUACAUACGAAGAACUAACGCUUUUCUCAUUCAAGUUACAUCGCCAAGGUGAGAAUCGCUAAUUCUAAUCGAAUCGUUUAACCUUGUGUUCAAGGAGUCUACAUCUCGACAUUUUAGAGCUUUCUCAAAAUUUGAUUAUUGUAUUUUUGGCCUUAUUGCCCGCCUUUCCAAUUAUCGCUCCCUCAAAAGGCGGGGAGGUCUCAAAGUUCUCUCAAAAUUUUUUACAUCUUGUCUAAUAUUUAUUACAUGUUUGUUGUAUAAAUAUUAGUAAUCGGGAAACGAAAUAAAUAUGUAAUAUUGUUACCACCUGUAUUCCAGUAUUUUUUUGAGUUAAAUAAUUUUCGCCAAACAUGCCAACUUCUAAUUUAUAUUAUUUAGCGUUGAAAUGGAGUAAUCUCGCCCUUUUAGCAUAAACGAAGUAUGUGAGCUUAUGAACUUGGCGUAUGAUGACAUACUUAAAUGCCAACAACAUUGUUGACGCCUUCAAUUUGUCAUCGGAACCAUUUUUCACGGGUAGAGAGUAUAUCUACGAGUAUUUUACGUUGAUCUUUCAUUCAUUUGGAAUCAUUAAAUUUAUUAUCAGCGUAUAUUUUGUAAUCCGAGUGGCCAGGUUGAGGUUGUUGCACAUUAACUUUCGGAUUACUGUAGUAAGGAUUUAUUUUUUGUGAUUUUUUUUAACAAAUGUAAUCUUUUCAAGUGCAACACGAUAAUCGCAUUGGAAGUAAUGCAUAUCACAUAUUUUUUUGGUAAUUUCUACGACCUCUAUACAAGUAAUUUCACCGACCGCUUUUAUGUCAACAUUGGUUGUGCCAUUGUGGGCAUUCUAAACUACAUUGGCGGCGGCAGCUCUGCAGUAAGCAUGCUAUCCUUGGCCGUUGAACGUCAUAUGGCUUAUAAAUGGAGUGAUGUGUAUGAAGAUGCCCCGCAAAAUCUAGGGAAGAAGUUGGCUAUUUUUGUGGUAAUUGUAAUAUCUAUUAAAUUUUUCAAGAUUGUAUUUCAGACUCUGCAAGGGUUUGUUGCGAGCUUUACUUUGUGGUGUAUUGUUGCCAUUUAUGUAAUUAAUUUUGACUUGUACUCUUGGAAGCAGGGCUGUUUGCCGACACAAGUGUCUUGGAUCGCUGAAACAAUUGGAUUCGGAGUGGCCACGGUCACUUGUUUGAUCGCGUUUUUGGUAAAUUUUUUUAUUUUGGAGAGUCCGGAGCACAUUUUUUUUGAAAAAAAUCACAAAAAUUUUAAUUUAAUUCUGCCGUUUUCCUCUCCUUUUCCUUGCUUUGGAUUCAAUUUUCGUGUCAUCGGCACAGUGCCGGAACUCAUUUUGAACUUUCUCCAUUUUCGCACAGUGCAAUGUUUCAAGCCCAAAAUCAAUUCUUUUUUCGAGGGAUUUCCCUCCAAAAUUUGGACUUGUCGCAGCAUUUCGGGUUUGUCGCUGCGAUUUCGUCUUGCGACAUGGCCCUUUGUCGCAGAAUUUCGGGUUUGUCGCUGCCAUUUCGUCGUGCGACAUGACCCUUUGUCGCAGAAUUUCGCAUUUGUCGCUGCGAUUCUUGCUUGCGACAAGCUCGGGGAAAAGUCCAAAAUCGACGACUGGUCGUUCUGUUGGAAAAUGAGAGAGCGCACUGAAAACAGAGGAAUUCUCGGGAUUUGAGGCUUCGAAAAAGCCGUCUUGCAGAAAAUUGAAAUGCAAGAAAACUUGAAACUUGAUCAAUUAUUUUUCAAUCUUUAGUGGUUUUGCUCGUUGAGUCGGAAAACUCGUCAAGAUCGUUUUGUCCGCCUCAAUUUGAACACCCUAAGUGCUCGGUAUCAAACCACAGAAAACUCGUACACAGUGGCUUCAAUAACUCCGUCUAUGGCUAUAUUCCUCAUGAUCUCCUCAACCUCCCUGGUCUCAUGUUUUAUUCGUGGCUAUAUUGCAGAAGUUUACGGGGAAAACACGAUUGCUUCCAAAUUCCUGGCAGAUGUAAGUGCUAUAUUGAAAAUAAACUCGUUUACAUUACUAAUGAUUUAUAUAAAAUAAACUCGUUUAAAUUGCUAAUUCCGGUCUGGAGAUAAUGUAAUCAUGUAAAUAUAUUGCUCUUUCUUUCAGCUGGGCUAUUUCCUUGUUGACAUUUACGCCUUAUGUCAUUUGAUGUGUAUAUGGGCGUAUAAUCCAAUGGUUCGACGGGUCAUUCAACAGGAUUUUACUAUGUUCUCUUGUUGCCGGAAAAGCACGCCAGCGGAUGCAAAAAUUGAUUAUCAAAGGGAAACACAAAUGUAUUUUGACCAGUUCAGGGAUGCUUGGAAAUAA